CAUAGAAAGUAAACAAAAAAAAAUAGAAUGACGGAGAGCUCUCUCUCUCUCUGGAGAACAAACCCUAAUCCCCGUAACUUCUCUCGAUCUCUCUCUCUCUCAGAGUCUGUCUCUUCUCUCUGUUUCACCUCCCUCCUUCCUCAAAAGUCAAUUUCUAUUUUAGAUCUGUGUUUUUGGUGGACGAUGUUUGUACCAAACCCUAAUUUUCGUUUUGUGUUGACCCCGAAUUUACAGAGAGCCCUGUCCCGUGUUAAAACCCUCUGAUUAGCUCUCCAACAGACAUGUUCGGCGGAGAUGAAGUGUCAGCUAUAGUGUUUGCCUUGGAUUCGUACACUUGCAAGGCUGGCUACACCGGCAAAGAUGCUCCCAAAGGCCGUGUUUUCCCUUCCGUUGUUUGGGCAGUAGAUGGAGUAGUGGCAAUGGAUAUGGAUGUCGAUGUUGAUUCUUCAAAGACAAAUUCAAAUUCCAAGGAUUCAAAGUCUGAAAAGGAGAAGGGUAAACGUAAUCUCUAUGUUGGAUCUCAAGCCUUGAAUUACCGCAAGGAUCAUAUGGAGAUCUUGUCACCUAUCAAAGAUGGUAUUGUUUCUGAUUGGGAUUUGGAGACUGACGGAAGAAGAAGCGGAGUGGUGUUGGAGAUGGCCGAGGAAGAAGACGCGACGGAAAAAAGAAGCUGAGAUCCUUGAAAUAGGAAAAAGAAGAAUGAUAGUUGCAGAUCCUAAAGAUUCAAGACUAGAACUCUCCUGGGAGUGGCAGAAGCAUGAGAGUCGCAGAUUCUCAAGAUUCUCUACGAUGUGUAAUGAAUCUGACUUGAAACGUCUAUGUGCUGUGUAAUGAAUCUGACUUCAAGAUAGUGAAGUGAUUCUCUAGUAAGACUUUUCUCGAGUCCUCAAGGUAAUGCUGUGCGUUUGUUUCUUUCUGAUUCUGUCAGUGUUGGUACUAAAUGAAGCUGAGAAGCUCUCGCGAGAAGCACACUUGCCAGUUCUUGACAGUUCCUCGGCAAGAUGGCCGAAUUUUCAGACAAAUGUGCACACCAACGAAGUUUUAUGUAUUGUGGCAUGAUCUCAGCAGUGGUAGUCGGUAUAAUACCUAUAUCGCCUUAUACCACCGUAGACGACAAAGCUCUAACUGCAGAAAACCUUAAGGUUCUUGGAACACCAGCUCGGGAGAUUAUUAAGGUGCAUCCCCUACUCUUUCGGUGUAAGAUACAGGCUAAGGCCAAGAAGAAAAUAGGAGCAAGGUUUUGAUUUAGUUCCCAUGUUUUUUAGUCCCUUUAUAUUUAGUUCUGAUUUUGUAAUGAUGUUUGUGUAAGAUUUGAUGAAAAUGUAGACAUGUUUGUGGUACUGAUGUAAGUACAUUUUUGUUUAUUAAUGAAAUAUAAAAUAUUUUUUUA